AUGUUGCUCAAUAAUUUCUCUGCCGUUCUGGCAGUUCUCGCCAACGGUGUGCUGGCCAAGGACCGUACAGAAUGUUAUACUGCAAUGACCACGAAGAACGCUCCGCGCUACUUGGAGAUCAAGUAUUCCACGUAUGAUCAGCCCUGCACCAGAACCUCCACGACGACGAUCUAUACAACGACCACUCCCAAAGUGUACAAGACUGAUGUUAGAUACUCAACUACAACUGUUACGGACAAGAAGACAAACACGUACACCACGAAGGUCUACAACACGGUAACAACGACAAAGGACUAUGUGUCCACCCCGACUUCCGUCUCCACUUCCGUUGUUCAGGUGUUCCAAGACACUGUCGUCCCCGCGCCCGCUGGAUUCGUUCCUGUGCAAACUUCUCUACCAGGGUCCACUUUCACGAACAACACUAUGAGGCGGAGGUCGCUUGACACCCUUCAUAAGCGAGCUUACAAGAGCCAGAAGCAGUACCCCAAGAAGGUUCAGUGCAAUGUUUACACUCCAAGCAAGCAGUGUGAGAUCAAGCACAAGAUCGUCACGAAGAAGAAGCAGGCGUCUUAUCCAGAGACAUUCAUUGUCAAGACAAACCCACAGACGACCAAGGUUGUGACCGCGACUGUAUGCCCGAUCGCCAAGGUCACCGCGACGACGACCAAGACAAGGACGUCUGAGGCCAUAAGAGUUGUGCCAACCACAGUAUCCACCACUAUAACCUCAACCAAUAUUGCCGGGACAACGACCGUCUUUGGCGUCUGUCUUCAAACUGCCAACUAUGCCAACCUCGCCAGUGGUCGACCCAUCGAGUCAGUCGACGAGCUUCCUGAAGGCCGCGCUACACUCGAAGCCACUACAGUCAAAGAGAACGCUUACCAGUGCUGCAAUGCCGCCAUGCUGGCUCGUGGUAAUUUUGGAGACCUGGUCAGGUCGCCUCAAGUUUUCUUGUUCCGUCCUGCACAAUCUGCUGAUGACAGUGAACCAGAGCAAGAUAAUGGUGGUGUUUGCGAAAUCUAUGGUGCGAGGGAGUGUGGUGUCAAUCAAGCUGCGAAUGAGUGGGCGGCUGUUUUGGAUGAGGAUGAUCCUGAGGAUCCGACUGAUGGUAGUGCGUUACUCAGCACGGUGGGCAAUGCGAUCUGUGGACAAGUUGUGCCUGCGCCGGAAGAGGAGGAGGGAGGACAGGGAGGAGGUUUUAAGCAGGAUCCGAUAGGAUAG